AUGGGCAGUGCCCUGCAUUUUGGGUGGAUGCAGGUCGUUGACAGGUCGCCAAUCAUACCGAGCCGCAACACAACUGCCGACCAGAUCCACCCAGCAGGCGGCCAAAAAAACAAAUUCAUGUCUACCGUGAAGAGGUGGGCGAGAGAGGAAAGAGAUGUUUCCAUCCCCACCAUUUUCGCCGAUGAAGAAAUCAGACACAGAGAUGCAGCUGUACGACUAUCAAGAUCUACAGUUCUGCGAACUAUGGCCAGAUCUAGGAGGGCGAUUCAGCCCAAAACGCCACAAUCCAUCAAAGAGAUGCGGGCGUCUCUUCAGGAACAUCGCUUUGCCAACCUUUGUCGAACGAGAGAUGGACAGAGUGACUUCUUUGUGGCAGAAGUGGGCAAAGACCUUAAAGAGGUAUAG